AUCCCCAUUUACCCAAAAAAUUAAGUUAUAUAUAAUAUACGCUAAAAUAAAUUUAAUUUUAAUUGAAAUUAAUUACUCUUUACUGAAGAUUAAAAAUGCGUAAAUUAAAAUAUCACGAGCAGAAGUUGCUGAAAAAGGUGGACUUCAUACAUUGGGAAGUUGAUAACAACUUACAUGAAGUGAAAAUCUUAAAAAAAUAUUGUAUACAAAAACGAGAAGACUAUAUCAAGUACAAAAAGUUAGCACGUGAUAUUAGAGAACUGGCACGUAAAAUAAAAGAAAUUGAUCCAAGACACCCAUUCAGGACUGAAGAAAGUGCUCAUUUAUUAGAGAAACUAUAUUUAAUGGGGCUUAUUCCAACACGAUGGGACUUAAGUUUGGCAGAGAAGGUGACUGCAUCCUGCUUUUGUAGAAGGCGUUUGCCCGUUGUCAUGGUCAGAAAUAAAAUGUCCGAAUCAAUAAAAGGAGCAACAAAAUUAAUAGAACAAGGACAUGUGAGAAUAGGCCCUGAACUGAUAAAGGACCCUGCAUUUCUGUUAACUAGGACACAUGAAGAUUUUGUGACAUGGGUCAACAGUUCAAAAAUUCGAAGACAUAUAUUGGAAUAUGAAGGACUUAGGGAUGAUUUUAUUAUAUAAAUGGGGUGAAAGUUAGAAGGCCAAACUUGUUUAGUUAAUUAUCUCUCUAAUAACCAUUUAAGGGUAAAAUUUUGUUACCCCUGAAAGAAAAUAUACAUCCAGGGUUUUGUAUAAGUCGUUUAUGAAAUUGAUUAAAUGUAAUUAAAAUUCAAUUUUAAAUAGCCAUGUUGCAUUUAAAAUUAAAGGUUUCAUUUUUUAACAUU